AUAUCAGAAAAGUAGUUGCCAUUGGUUAACGUACCGAUAAUAACACGUGUUUACUUGCGUUUUACGAAUUAUUUCUUUUUUAAAUAAACGUUUUAUCGUAUGUGAUAUAUAAUUUAAAAGGUAACAUUGAAAUGCCACGAUCCAUAAGAGAUUCUGACGAGGAUGUGGAAACGAAGACUGCGACAGGUCGCAGAACCCGUGCAGGAUUUGGGUCUUUUGUAACCGAUUCUCCAGUUCGUCGUAGUAGUAGAAACAAACAAUCUACAAAACAAAGUGGUUCUCCCCCAGAUUUAUAUAUAACCGAAAUUAGUGCACAAGGUACUCGCACUUUUCGUACUCGUGCAGGCACGGCUGAUUCUGAUACUUUAGAAACUCAGAAGCGUUUGCGUUCUAAUAAAAAUUCUGUGGAUACAGAAUUUGAGACAUUGAUAGAAACACAACCAAAAAAAAUGACAAGGAGAAGCUUAGCUGCAACAACUGCAUUAGAUACGCCAAAAGCUAAUACACGUUCUAGACGUAUGACAAGGGCUGGAUCAGAAACGAUAUCUACACCUAUAGGUAGAACAACUCGUAAAACACGAGCUAGUUCUAUGGACCCGGAACCUACAAUAACAGAACCAGUUGAAGAAGUUCAAAAUGAAGUAAUGAAUACACCAAUGAGAGCAAAAAGAAGGGCAUCGGUACUACCUUCCCAGUCGACUGUUAUAGAAGAAGAAGAAAAGCAAUUUCCUAUCAUAGAAUUAGACAAAAUAGUAAUUGAAACUGAAACAUCACCUAUUAAUAUAAUUUCAACUAAUAUAAAAUCACCAAAUAAACAACUUGAAUUGUCAAAAAAUAAAUCUAAUCAGGAUAAUAAGAGUAUCGAUAAAAUGGAAGAAGAAAAGGAUUGUUAUUCUGCAGUUAAAGGACCACUUGAUGAUUCUUCUGAAAAGAAUCAUAUGGAAAUUAGUGAAACUUUCAAAACAGAAGUAAAAUCAUCUGAUGAAAGUUAUACCCCAGAGAAAGAUAAAUAUUCUGCUGCUAAUGUCAACGAUGAUAUAUUAACCAAAGAUGUCUCAAAACAAUCGCCACAUAAUUUCGAAGAUAUAUCGAAAGAAUCGAAAUCAAAAGAUGAAAAUAUAUUACAUGUUUCUAUAGAGGAAAAGAAAAUGAAUUCUAGCAAUAAAGAAAAUGAAUGUUUGAAUACAAAUAAUUCAGUGUCCGACCAAAAUAAAACUACAUCUAACAUAAAAAACUUACAUCAAGAAACUUCUAUCAUUGUACUUGAUACAAAAGAAGGGAAAAAUGUUGAAAGCAAUGAUAAUAUAAACCCAGAUAAUUCUCACUUAAUAGAAUCCUCUGUGUCUUUAUCAGAUUGUAAUAAUUCAAUAAAAAGUAAUAGUAAUGUAAAUACAAACGAAGUCAACUAUUUAGAGGAAGAAGAUAAAUCUGUAUCCAUGUCAGAUACAAAGAAAACUCCAUCUAAUGAAGAAGAACAUGAAAAAACUAGCAUAAAUAGUAUUACUAUAAACGAAAACUCAGAUGAAUCGAAUACUGUGUCACAUAAAGUUUUAGUAAAUGAAAAUGAUUCCAUAUCAGAGGAACAGUCUAAAAUAAAUGAUGGUAGUAACGGUCAAAUACAGGAGAUAUUACUUAUCGAAGAAGAAAAAAGUAUAGAAAUUGUUGAUCAGAACAUAAGUAAUAUAGAAGAAAUAAACAGCAAUGAUAAAAUUAAAGAUAAGGCAAAUGUUCCUGUAAAUCCAGAAGAAAAACUUAUAGAUAUAUCUGUGAAUGAGGAUAAUUGUAAUAACGAUGUAAAUGCAACUGAAGUAUUAAAUGAUGAAAAAAUAAGUGAUUCAACAACUGCCAAAGUGAUUUCUGCUUCUAAAGAUUCAAAUGUUACUCAAGGUAACAAUUCUAGUAACGACAAUCAAGAUAAUAUGUCCUGUACAUCAACAGUUGAUUCAUCUUUUCUUACUUUAGAAUUUAGCGAUGAUUCAAUUAAGGAUUCUGCUAAUAAUGCAAAACAAACUGAGUUAGAUUCAACUAAGUCUUUAUUAAAAUUAAAAUCUUCAAAACAUUCCACUUCUAUCCCUGAGAAAAUUGAUUCUUCCACUGUUGCAGAGUCCCAUGACAUACCAGAAGCAGAUUUACCUGAUGAAGAGGGAUCCAAAAUGCAAUCAUCAUCAAAUACACCAGUGAUGUCAAAAACAAAAUCAGUUACUGAACUCAAUAUAUCAAAAUCCAAAAAGGAAAAAAAGAAGAAUGAUGUUCAAAAUGAUGAUGAAUGUGAAAACAUCUCAGAUAUAAGGAUGUUGUUCCAAGAUAUCUCUGCCGAUGAAUGGAAACAAAAAAAUAAAAAUAUCAAUAUUGAAACCCGAAGUAAUUUAAUGCAUUCGACAUCUACAGGAAAAUUAGAGACUGAUAGUGAAACAGAAUGUGAUCUUCUUUUAGUUGAUAAAAAAGCAUGGUUAGCUGCCGAAAAAUUAAAAGCAUCGAAAGAUAAAGAAAAAUUUGAUUAUGAUUCUGACGAUACAAUUAUAUUAAAAACGAAACUCGAUUAUCUAAAUGAUAAAUUGAGUAAUACGAAUAAAAUAGAAAUUAAAUCUAAGGAUUCUAUACAAGAAAAUGAUAAUAAUUCUGAAGUAAAAGAGAGUAUGGAAAAAUCUAUCAACAGUUCCAAAUCGUCAACCAAGGAAGCAAAAGAUAAAUUGGAUGAAGUAGAAAGAACUCCAAAUAAAUUAAACGAUAAAACGAACAUUGACAAAAGUGAGAUUGAUAUAUCAUCACACAGUGCAUCAAAGAAAGAAAAAUCACAAAAAAGUACACCUGUAUGUAAUAGAAGUGUACUAGUGAAAUCAUUAGAUAAACAAUUAGAAGAAGAAGAGGUAUCUCUAUCACAACAAGUAUUUGAAGAUCAAGAAGCUAAAACUACUGUUGAUGUUAUAAAUAAAGUAGAAGUAAAUACAUUAGAAAAUAAACUUGAAAGGCAGUCGUUGGAUAAAAAGCAAAAGAAAAAUCGUUCCUUAAAUAGUUCUUUAAAUAAAAGUGAUAAAUCAAAGCAAAGGCUUGUUAGACAUAAUAGAUUGAACAUUUCUUCGAGUGAGGAAGAAGAUAAUGCUAUUAAUUUAGAAAAAAAUGAAAAUAAACUAACAAAAGGCAGUGGGAAGAAAAGGUAUAAUAAAAAUUACUCUACAAUGGUACACAUUGGUUCAGAUUCAGAUACCUGCGAUGAAAGCAUUGAUUCAAGUAACAGUGGUAUAAGAAACAAGACUCCUAGAAUUCCUCGUUUCUUAUUUAAACAUAAGGACGAUGAAGAAGAAAAUGAAGGACAUAACGAAAGUGGCGACGAAUCUAAUGAAGACAAAUUUUCAGACAGAAGUAUAGACUCUGAUAUUAAUGCAGAAUAUAAUCUUGAUGGUAAAACUAUCGGAAAAUUCUCAGAUGACGAUAUACCGGGAGAUGAAUGUAGAGCAUCGGAAUCUGAAUUUUCGGAUCCCGAUGAUAAUGGUUCAGAUCUAGCAGACUUUGUCGUUGAUGAUGACGAAGUUGAAGAAGAAGAUGAAGAAGAAGAUGAGGGAGAGGACGAAGAGGAGGAUGAAGGUGAAGAUGAAGAGCAGGAGGAAGAAAAGGAAAAUCAGGACAUAGAAAGUGAAGAAGAUAAAAAAUUAACUGAAAAUAAAAAUGAAAAGAAAGAAGCAGAAGACACAGAGGAUACAGAAAAGUCUUGCGAAAAAAAGCUUGAGGAUAUAGAUGAAGAGGAAGUAAAUAAAGAGGCACAAAAUAAAUCGAUAAAUGUGUCUGAUAUAAAAAGUGACAAGAAAAAGAAUUUGAAACAAAAAGUAAAUAUAGAGAUACAUAGUUCAGGAUCAGAUGAAGAUGAAAUUGUAUGUGAAAACAAAAUUGACACCAUAUCAGAGUUAGAUUCUAAUACGUCGGGGAAGAAACCAAAAAAGAAACAAAAAUUAAAUGAAGAUAAUGAGAUCAUAGAAGAAACUUCAAAGAAAGAGUUAAAUGAAUCUGAGAUAGUAUUCGCAAAAAAAGUUAAAGGAACAAAUAUCUCAUUGACAUGUAGCACUCCUAAAACUGAUACCUUUCAACAAAAGCAAUUUAAUAAACAGAAUAUUUCUUCUAACGAAGAACAAGAAAAUAUACAUUUAAAAGAUUUAUCAUCUGAUAAUUGUGAUACAAGUAAGUCGAGUAUAACUAACUCCAAAAACUCGAAAAAGAAACGUUCUAUAGAAAAUAACAUUUCUACUGAUUUAUUAGAAUUACUUAAAGAUGCAAAUCUUCCUAAGACUUUGUUAUCUAAGAAGGCCUAUUUGAAUAAAACAAUAUCGCCAUGCAGCGAAACGCCUACAACAAAAUAUUUAAAGAAACAGAAAUUAAAUGACAGCGCGCCAAACAUUAACUUAGAAAAAAAUAAAAAUGCCUCAGAAACCGAGUUGAUAGAUGAUAAAAAUGACGAACAGAGUGAAAGUAGAACUAUUACUGCAGAAACUACAGAGCUGCUAGAAUCAAACUCGUCUGCGUCGGUUAAAAGAAAAAGAUAUGCAGAAAUUAAUGAUUCAAACGAUCAGAUAGAAUUGAGAAAUAAAAAAAAUAAAAUAAAUUCCAAAUUAGAGAUACAUAUUGAAUUUGAUAAUGAAAAAGAAAAUUCAGAGAAUGUACUUAAAGUUAACGAUGAAAAAAAGAAGAGGAAGAGGAAGAAAAAUAGAAAGAAUAAAAAUUCUAAGGAAUUGGAUCUAGUAAAUAUAGCAACUACGGUAGAGAAGAAAAAUAUAGAGAAAGGUGAAAAAAUGGAAAUCGUAACUAGUAACGAAAGCAAGAAAAAUAAGAAAAAGAAUAAAAAUAAGGAAGACAUAGAAAAUAAAGAGAAAAGUAAUGAGAAGUUUAUGAGUACAACGAAGAAUGAUCAAAAAUCUGUGGAAAUAGAAAACAUUCCAAAUAAAAAGAAAAAGAAGACGACGUCGGAAGUUCCGACAUUGCAAGUAAAAGAGCAAUCAAAAAAAUCACUGCGAAAAAAUAUUUUGAAAAGUUCAACGAUGUCCGUUGCAAAGGUAUCGAACGAGAUGCCUCAAAAUACCGAAUUCUUUAAAUCAAAACAUGAAGCUUUAGAAGCUGCCAAACGUGCGGCUGAAAGUAUAAAGGCUAAUAAAGAUAUGAACAAAAAUAAGCAAAGAAAGCAAUUAGAAAAAAUACAACAAGAGAAAGAUAUUAAAGCAAAGAAAUCAGAUGAAGUACUGAUAAAAACUUUUACGCGAGGAAUUAAACGACUUCCAGCUGAUGUUAUAGAAAAUCUUUCUGAUGUACCAAUGAAUCCAUUUAAAAAGACAAAAUUAUUGAAAAAUCCUGUGCAACAAACUGUAAGAUCGCCUACAUCCAUGAUGAAAAAUGGAUUUACAGAAAGUGGUAUUACAAAAGCAAAGAAAAACUAUAUUCCUUCAAAUUCUGGUGGUACAACAGAAUUUGAUGUUGUUAAUCUGCAAAAGGAAAAAAAAUUAAAAAAGACUUCUACCGUAGUUUCUUUUAGAAACAAGAUGUUAAGUAGGAAUUCGCGAUAUCCAGUUACAUCUUAUAUAAUGUACCUUCAAAAGCAAAAAGUAUCUAACAAAGAUCAGUGUUUUGCCAAGCAAUUUUAAAAUAAUAUUUUAAUUGAUAAUUUAAAAUAUAAUAAUUUCCGUUUUGCAACUUUUUACGUUUUCUAAUAACGGUUAUUGCUUGUAAUAUGCAUAGUAAUAAUAUGAUAUAAAUCUUGUUAUAUAUGCUAAACGUGUGUUCCAGCGUAUUUUAUUAAAUGAUAAUGAUAUGUUAUAGAAAUCAAUUUGUUAUGUCUCUGCAUCAGUUUAUUCGUUUUGUCGCAGUUUCGCUGCGCGAAAAAUAUCCUGAAAUAUAAUAUUGAAUAAAUUA